AUGCAACAGAAAGUUCAAAGCACAUCAUCUAUAGUUAUUUUUGCCAAAAUAAAACUGGACCUGAAUAUCAACAAGUCUCUACAACUAACUAACAAGGAUCAACUCUCCACGUACAGUAAAGGCUUCUUGAAUUCCUCUGAGCUCUCUGAACUUCCAGCUGGGCCUGAGAAAGAAGGCUGCCUCAAGGAUCAGCUAGCCUUAGCAAUAGGGAAACUGGGAGAAAACAUGACUUGUAAACGAGCUGCAUGGGUGAAGGUGCCAGCUGGGUUCUAUGUUGGCUCCUAUGUCCAUGGAGCAAUGCACAGCCCCUCCCUCCACAACCUGGAGCUCGGGAAGUACGGGGCCCUGGUGGUCUGCGAGACAUCUGAGCGCAAAGCAAGCCUGGAAGACCUUGGCCGCCGCCUUGGGCAGCAUGUGGUGGGCAUGGCCCCUCUCUCUGUUGGCUCUUUGGAUGAUGAGCCUGGGGGAGAGGCAGAAACCAAGAUGCUGUCCCAGCCAUACUUUCUGGAUCCCUCCAUCACAUUGGGAAAGUAUGUGCAGCCUCAAGGGGUGUCCGUAGUAGAUUUUGUGUGGUUUGAAUGUGGAGAAGGUGAAGAGGCAGCAGAAACCGAAUAGGUUCCGGAGACUUGGCCCAGGAGAUGUUUAUUCUUGGCUCUGGACAUCAUUCCGAGAAGUUAUUUCCUCAGCCUCUACAAACCCAGAAUUUGUUUUUCAUUGGAGUUUAUAAUGCAAUGAUAUCCUCAGUGGGAAGAGUCAUUAAAUAAAAUUGCUAUAUAAUAAAAA